UCCACUCUCUCUCCGAGCCCAGAAAACUCAUCUCGCUCAAAAGGGGAAUGUCUGGAACCCUCUUCCGUCGUUAAACGACACUCCCUUCCUUGAUAAAACGACACGACCAACUUCUCGUCGUCUUCACAAAAGGCAUGUUCCUGAUAUUACUCUCUCACUCUUCUCCUACAUCUUUUCCCUUUUCUUCUCCUUCCGAUUUUCAAUCCUCCAAUCAUAUCCCGAACAACCGUUGACUUGUCUCUUUUCUUUCUGUUCUCUUAUUGGACGACUUUCGAAGACUUUAGGCCAAAACAAAACAGUAGAUGGAGCAAUCAGUUCUUGAUGAUAUCAUCAAUCGGCUUCUAGAGGUUCGGGGCCGACCAGGCAAGCAGGUCCAGCUCUCUGAGGCUGAGAUCCGACAGCUUUGUGUCGUUUCUAAGGAGAUUUUCUUGCAACAACCUAAUUUAUUGGACCUUGAAGCUCCUAUCAAGAUUUGCGGUGACAUUCAUGGCCAGUAUUCUGAUCUUUUAAGGCUUUUCGAAUAUGGCGGUUUUCCUCCAAAUGCCAAUUACUUAUUUUUGGGGGAUUAUGUGGAUCGAGGCAAGCAAAGUCUUGAGACAAUAUGUCUUCUUCUCGCGUAUAAAAUAAAAUAUCCUGAAAAUUUUUUCCUACUGAGGGGGAACCAUGAAUGUGCUUCUAUAAACCGUAUAUAUGGUUUUUAUGAUGAGUGCAAGAGAAGAUUUAAUGUCAGGGUAUGGAAGACAUUCAUAGAUUGUUUUAACUGCUUGCCGGUGGCUGCCCUGAUUGAUGAGAAGAUUCUCUGCAUGCAUGGAGGUCUUUCUCCUGACCUGAAUGACUUGGACCAGAUCAGAAAUUUACAACGCCCAACUGAUGUACCUGACACAGGGCUGCUCUGUGAUCUUCUCUGGUCGGAUCCCAGCAGAGAUAUUCAAGGUUGGGGUAUGAAUGACAGGGGAGUCUCAUUUACUUUUGGCCCUGACAAGGUCUCGGAGUUCCUUCAGAAGCAUGAUCUGGAUCUGAUUUGUCGGGCACACCAGGUUGUAGAGGACGGAUACGAGUUCUUUGCUGACAGACAACUUGUAACUAUAUUUUCAGCGCCCAAUUAUUGUGGGGAGUUCGACAAUGCUGGUGCUAUGAUGAGUGUGGAUGAUACGCUUAUGUGCUCAUUCCAAAUAUUAAAGCCUGCGGAUAAGAAGCCAAAGUUUGGUUUUGGGAGCACAACAACAACUAAGUCCGGAAAUGCUUCUGUGAGUGUUAAUAAUAUUUUUGGGAGCACAACUACUGCAAAGCCAGGAAAUUCUCCUGCAGGAGUUAAAGUAAAUCCAUACCUCUUCUUUUGUGCAUCACUGAGGUUUCUAACCUAGUCUUUCCUUGGAUCAAAGGUAUGACAGUAGGUCUGUGUGAUAGAGGCUUAAAGCACAGUGGGUGAUGAAGAUGGCAAGGUUGUACCAUUUAACAAUGUUUGAGAUCCUUUUAUUUUCACUAUAGUAUGCUGAAACUGUAAAUUGGAAGAGGAAAAAGUAAUUAGAAAACUGAUGCACGGGAUUGUUCCUUGGUAUAAAGAUGGAUUUGAAGGUAGAAGGCUGUAAUUUCCUUUUCUUCCUCCUUGUACACUAAAGUAGCUGCUAUGAAUUAUUAGUCUGGUGCAUUUCAGUUA